UUGCGCUGGAGACAAUGUCUAGCCCUCUUCGGCCCGCCUCUCCAGCUCGAAAAGAGGAAGCCAUAGAGUUUGUAGCCGACGGAUGGUCCAAUUAUGCAGCCUUGAAGCGGCAUUCUGACCUCGCCGCGGAGCCUCUAUAAGCUACCGCUUCAUUCAGCCAGCCGACCAGCCAGCUCGUGACGGUUCUUCAUGAUCUGAAUGGACGAAGCUCUGGAACAUCAAUAUACGACCGAUAUCUACGUCGGCCGCCGUACGAGACGAUCAUCCGGGGACGCUGCCACGCUCGAAAGGAGGGGAUAUAUAAACCUCGAAAGACGCUCAAAAUCCAACUCUGCACUCUCAUUCCCUUGAUAUCGAUCACUACAAACUUCACCAUCCAGGUCACAUCCUCCCUCCAACGCGACUAUGUCCGAGACUCUCAACCUCAUCAUCUACAUCGACCCCCCUGUGCUCAAUGAGGGGGUUGCCAACCUCACCUUCGCCAGAGUAGUCAACAACGCUUCCAAAGCCAACGUCAUCUUCCAAAGCAAAUCAGCCGAUGAACUCAAUGCCGCAAAUACCCUUAGUUGGCAGGAGAGUUAUCAGAUUGGUGCCGUUAUUGGAGAUCUUAAUGAUGGCGCUCUGAUCAAGUCAAGCACCACACGUCAAGACAUUGUCCCAGGCACAGUCUGCGACUGGACUCCCGUCAAUGGCAAGGCUGUGCGGGACAUGCCGGCAGCCACAGCCGCACCUGAUGACUUUCCGGUCGGCGCUUUUGGGACGGUCAAUCUCCCUUCCAAGUGGAGGAACACAAUUUGGUGUGCGACAGGCUCUGGUGGCGAUUAUAGCUGCAUCUAUGUGGAUACGGAUGCGAAUGCCACGAGUGGAUUGAAUUACCGCUCGUACGUUGUCAAGAACACCUUCCAGUUGACAUGGACUACCGACGCCGUGUCCAGUAGCGUGAAGUUUGAGGCUUGGUCUAAGCCAUUCUUCUUUACUCUUGCAGACGGUCAGACCACACAGUACCUCAGUUGGGGCCGUGCUCAAGGUGGCUCGGGCGAGGCGAGGUGGUGGAGCUACCGCUCUGAUCCCUCAUGCCACGAUCCAAGUAAAGCGAUCGUAACGCUCGCAGCAGAUGCGCUGUCUCCGACAGCCAGCAGCUUUGGGCCCGCCGUGGGCAUGCGCCUCGGAUAUGACUGUAACAAAGCACUCAGCCCCGCUGGUCUUGCAGAGUACGCUAGCAAGCUGGCCACCUUCAUGAAGGCCUCCCGUCCGUCGUAUCUUGACCUGCAAUUCAGUCCGGAAUACGGAUCCGUCAACGCCCUUGCUAAGCUCGACUUGACAUCCCCAUGCUAUGACCUCAUCUCUGGAUCUUCCACCGAAGAGAAGACGCUCGUAGCCCUCCGUUCUCUUCUGGGCGGGCUUUCUGUGGCCUACAUUCCGCUUAGUGCCCAAAUUGAGCUCAUGCCUACUGUGGCACCCAAGAUCGGGUCGCCCCCAACAUACACCCACUUCACCGCCGAACUCACUUGGACUGGUUCAGACGACGUAAACUGGGAGAACAUCCGCAAGAACGUGAAGACGGAACUUCAUAUCGUCGAUUGGACAUACGUCGUCUCGGGCAUUACCACCAAGCCCGGCGUACCAAACACCGGCUACGUGGCUUUUACUCGUAGCUCCGGGAAGACGCCGGAUGAUGCCAUAGCGGACUGGAAUAAGUGCUAUGGAGAGCUAAGCGAGAAGGCACAUCUGACGAAUGGCGGGAUCACGAAAUGGAACAAUGGGGAUAUGGUGAAUGGAGCUUAGCUGUGAUGAGGUGAAUGUUGGCCCCUCGAGCUGCGAACUGGAGUUGAGGAAGUGCUUGAGUUUCCUAUGUCCGCGUCGAUCGCUAUUUGUUCCUGCUUUCAUCGCGUCUCUAGACUGUCACUGUCUCUACUAGCUGUCUGUUUGUUUACCACUCGCUCAUUUUUUCCAGUUAUCGUCGUCGACCAAG